CCUGACAGCAACAACAGCAUGCAAGGGUGGCGGUGAUGGUGCCUCCCUUGACCCUGGCACCUCUAUGCGGUAUAUAUAGCAAGGCUCGAGAGACCAGCAUCACUCAGAAUCGCCACACCCUCAGCCAUAAUGAAGUUCUUUGUAUUCGCCGCAGUUGUAUCAGUCUGCUUGGCUGACAAACUGCCCAGUCACUUCGGCUAUGCCUCUCCACAACCUUCUUCAUCCUUCAGCCACAGGUCGCGACCUACAUCUCGACCUUCCUUUUCUGGCCCAAGACUUGCUCCCCAGCCAACCUACUCCGCACCGAGAUCUGCCCCUGGGCCAGUAGUGCCCAUCCUUGUGGACGACCGCGUCCACCCCGACGCAGGCGCUUACAGCUUCAACGUUGAGACCGGUGACGGCAUCUCACGCCAGGAAAGUGGAUCGCCUGUUCCCGCUAAGGAGGGUCCCGUCACGGCCAUGUCUGGCUCCUACUCCUUCACCCUCCCUGACGGACAACAGUUUGAGCUUCGUUAUGUGGCUGACGAGAACGGCUUCCAGCCCCAGUCAGCCUUCCUGCCCGUGGCCCCAGCCUUCCCUCACCCCAUCCCCGCCCACGCCCUUGAGCAGAUCGAGCGCGCCCGUCAGGAGGAUGCUGCUCGUUCCCGCCAAGGACCUUCUCAGGGAUACAGCGCCCCUUCCCGUCCCUCGCGCCCCUCCAACUCAUAUGGUUUCCCUCAGUAAUAAAGAAGCAAUAUUCGCCGAUAUGUAAUAUCUGAUUACAAUAUUUAUGAAUUUCUCGAUACUUUUUCAAUAAAAUAUACAUUUAA